AUGGUGCCCUCGAGUCUGCGUCCGCUGCAGCAGCAACAGCAGCAGCAGCAACAGCAGCACCGGCAGCAGCUGCCCGUCUCGGGCCACCACCUAGGGGUAAUAGUCCCCCUACCUUCUCUCCACAGCUGCUUCGUGCGGCUUAGGGGGCCCCCAUCUGCUGCUGUCUUAUGGAGGCCGCAGCGGCACUUCUGUCGCGUGCUGCAGCUGCAGAGGCUCUCGUCUCCGGAGACAGGGGCCCUCUAUGAACGCAUAGGGACCCCCCCAAAGGCUUUAGCAGAUAUUGCUGCCUCUUCGGGGGCCCCCCAGCUGUAUGUAGGCUGGCUAGGUGCAGGCCUGGGCCCUGCGGAGGCUGCCCUCUUGCAGGAAGCAACAGCAGCAGCAGCAGCAACGACAGCAGCAACAGCAGCAGCAGAAAUUCUGCCGCAUAUAGUGUAUAUCGGGAUCGCUGCUCCUCUCUGCUCCUCCCUUGGCCUCAAGAAGGGGGAGCGGGUGGUUGUUGCUGCAGUUGAUGUUAACCAGCUUGAGCAGCAGCAGCAGCAGCAGCAGCAGGCUGGGGGUGGUUUCUUUCCUUCUGCUGUAGAGGUGGCGCCUCUAGAGCGAGAGGACUGGGAUGCAGUACAGCUGCAUGCAGCAAGUCUAGAGGAGGAGGUGCUGCAGCAGGUGUCUCUUUGUCUCCCUAAUCAGGCCUUCCCCUUGUGGAUAAGAGGAAGCCCUAAGCCCUUCUUCUUACGUGUCUGUACACCGCAGCAAGAGACGGAGACAGCAACAAGCGCAGGAGACAACAAGGGGCCCCCCUUUCUGCUACUCAACCAAAACACUGAACUACACGUGAGGCCCCUUGCUCAGGCAGCAUUUCGGAGGGCCCCUGCUGCUGCUGCGGAGGAAAGAGAAGAAGGAGGCUUCAAUGGAGACAGCAGCAGCAGCAGCAGCAGGAGAGAUGUCGUGAGGGUGCUUCCCAUGCAGCAAGAAGAGACGGAGGAGAUAGGGGGUAAGCACGGGUGUUCAUCUGCGGCUGAUGACUGCUGCUGCUGCUGCUGCUGCUCUCCUCAAGGGGCCCCCGAAGGCCAUGCAGCGUGGCCUUAUGUAUGCUUGCUGCAUCCUUCUCACGUGGAGGCGCUGCAGCAGCAGCAGCAGUGGCUGCUGCCAGCCCUCAGGAGCAGAUACUUCCCCCUACGGGAGAGGGAGGGGACAGUCUCCUCUAGGGGACAGAGGGAGAGGCUGGAGAGACAGCUGGCGCAACUUGCAGCAGCAGCAGAGGGUUUGGUGGUUGUGUGUGUGAGGGGUGCACCCUCGCGGAAGGGAUCUCCUGGCAGCAGCAGCAGCAGCAGCAGCAGCAGUAGGUGGCAGGGGGGCUCCGCGGUGCUGCUGGCUGCUGCUGCGGCGAAUGUGCCCCUGGGCUGCAUGCGGCUACCAGCUUUCGUGCGGUGUCUGUACAGCUGGAGCUUGAGCAGCCGCGUGUCAGUGGAAGCUGUGACUCAGCUGCCGACCCUCCCCUCUUGUCUGCUGCUGACGCCGAUUGUCUCCUCUUCUCUGCUGCAGCAGCAUGUAUCGGGGGCCUCGGAGGAGACAGACAACAGGGCCCAAACACACAGCAGUGGGGCCUCCCCUGCUGUCAAACAAUCUGCUGCUGCUCUCCUUGCUGCGCUGCUGCACACCAAAGAAGGUGCAGCACAAAUCCUUGAGGCCUUCUUCGCUCUCUCAGACGCUCCAGCUACAAGCAGCAGAGACCCGGCGCCUGCAACAACAGCAGCAGCAGCAGCAUCAACAGCAGCUGCUUCUGCUGCGUGCAGCAGCGUACAGGAGAGUGAGGGGCAACGAAGCGUGGAGGCUGCAGUUGCUGCCUUUGCCUGUUUGAUGGGCCGCCUACUCUGGGACGGAGGGGUCCUUCGCCUCGAGCUGAACCUGAACCCACAAGUCAGGCGCACACUGCUCUCGCAAAACAAAGCAGAGACACCCCAGCAGCAGCAGCAGCAGCAGCAACAGCAGCAACAGCUGCUGCUGCAGCAGCAAAGCACAGAGGCGGCUGAUGGGGGCCUUCUUCACGGUAUUCGCAGUUCAUUGGGGGCCCUGCCUGCGGUACGUUUAAACCAUUCGGUUGUAUCAGCGGAGGGGUUUGAGGGCCGCACACAGGAUGGCCUAAUGGGGAGACACUUGACGGAGAACAAGGGGGCCCCUGCAGAAGGGGGCGCCUUGGAGUCCUUGUUGGUAGCUGAAGAGUUGCAGGAGCUGGAGGAGGGCCUGGGGGACUUGUAUGUCUCUCUAUCCGGCGAAGCUGCAACAGACGGAGAGCAAGAAGCAGCGCCUCUCAGCUCAGCAAGCAGCUCCCCAAGUCCAGAGUACGAAGGAGACAACGAGGGCUGCUACGCAGAGCCCAAGGUAUCCCCCCACAUGCAUGGCCCCCAUUCACAGCCCGAGGGGCCCCCCAAGAGGCAGGGGCCUCCAGAGUGGGCUCACUUGGCAGCGUUCUGCAGCGAAGUGGAGGAGCUUCACCCCGAGUGUCUCCGCGGGCCUCGUCCCCUGUGUAAGGAGGAUUUGGAGACAGCCUCUGGCGACAAAAGUGUCUCCUCAGUGCAUGGCGGCAGCCGUGCAGGCCACAAGGGACAGUGUGGGGAUCUAUGGUCGAAAGAGAUGGAAGGAGACAGUUGCGGACAUGUGCGGGUAUCUCUAGAUGUUCUCGUUUCUUUCAAGGCAAGUGAUACAGGAGAGGUCUCCUGCGACGCCCCCAAGUCGCUGUCUCCUUUCUUCAGUGCUGCUGUGCCUCUGGCCUUUGCCUCACUGCACGACAAUCAGCCCCACAUCUCCCCGCCGAUGCAUGCAGGAGAAGGGGGGCCUUCUUGUGUCCUUUUAAACUCUUCUCUAAAGACUCUUGUGCAGCAAGGGGGCCUUACAGCCCAAGUUACCUGUCCUCUCGUGGUGUCUCUGGGGCCUGAGGAGGAGACAGCGACGACUGUGGAAGGCCUUUGUCUCCCCCUGAAGCUGGGUAGCGCGCCUUCCCCCAAGGAGACACCGUGGGGCCUGCAGCAACGCAGAGACAGGCCUGACAAGAAGCCUCCGGAGGAAGAGCAUAGAGAAGUGUCCUGGACUCAUGGGGCGAGGGGACUGCACCUUGUGCUUAAUUUGCAAGCAAUCGAAGCAGCACAGCGCCUUUGGUGGCUGGCGCCCCCAUCUGUCUGGCUCUGGGGCCCUGCUGCCUUGGCAGCUGCAGCGGAUAGCGGGGGGGGAGCGGAGAUGCAGCUGAUGCAGUUGCUGCAGCAAGGCUGCUUGGAGGUGCCUGUGGCGGAGGCCCGCUGGGGCCUUUUCCGCAGCACUCAUGUGUCUCCGUUUGGUCCCCUUGCGCAGCUGCUGCAUCUCAGCUGCUCUAGGGGGCCAUUUCUGCACGACUUCGCUCGCCUCAGAGCCUUUGGAGACAGGCCAGAAGCUCUAGCCAGAGCAGUGUACAGACGGCUGGGAACUGUCCGGGGCUGUCGUUGGAGGGUGGAAACACCUGGGGGCCCCACUGCAGUUGAGCAACACUUCGCCAGGGCCCUGAGCCGUCUGGAUCUCUGCACGUUGCUUGCGUGCGGCCCCCGGGGCUGCGGGCGAUCUUCUCUGUGUCGAGCCGUCUGCAUCGACGUAACGCGUCGCCUCGGUGUAUUUAGUAAGGCAGAAGGAGACAGGGCGAAGGGACGAAGCGCCGCCAGUGGACGCUCCUUAAUUCUGCAUUGCCGACUGCUGGCCCGGGAGACGAUCCCCUCAGCUCUGGUUUUCCGAAUUCUCUCGGCUGCAUUUGAUGUCGCGGAGGCCAACAGUCCCUCUUUGCUGGUGCUAGACGACCUGGAUGUUUUGUGUUUUUCGGGGGAAGAAGGAGGCGGUGGGCCGACUGUGGCGGAGGCCCGAGGGGCGGCGAUUGCUGCUUAUCUGUGCGAUAUGAUUAAAAGGGUCUCCAGUAGGGUUCGCGGUGCAUGCACAAGCGCCUCUGUAGAUGCAGAAGAAGGCCUUUGCUGCAGCAUUACCCCAAGGGGACUACAAGAGACUGCAGCACGGCGGGUUGUAACUAUGGCCACUGUAGUCGACGCUGCAGCACUGCACCCCCUCUUAUCACAGCCACUGCUCUUUGGCUGCUCCCCCAUUAACCUCCACUGCGACACCUCGACUGUUGGCGCCCGCCUAGAGCUGCUGGAGAGUCUGCUGCACGCAGCCCUGGCCCGGCCUGGUGCAUGCGCCCAGGGUUUGUAUGGCCAGAGCUCUUGCUUCGACGUGUCGCACGAGACAGAAGUCUCCCCGAGUCCAGACACCCCAUUAGAAAUGGAGGACGUGGAUAUGUGGGAAAUUGCAAACCAGAUCGAAGGCUACAGUCUCACCGACCUACAGGCCCUGGUGUCGCGCGCCAUUGGGGAGAGUCUGCUAACAUUGCCGUUGAACCCUUCGCCAGGCCGUCCGACUGCCGGUGUAAUUUGGGCUUCGCAUUUCCGUGCAGCUUUAAAAGAUUUCCGUCCUCGAGCGACUCAGUGGCAGUCAUUCAUUCAGACGGAUCUACGUUACUGCCACGUCGGGGGAUUGGACAAAGCGAAGGAGGAUCUGCAGGACUUGUUGACCCUACAGCGGCGGUAUCCUGUUUUGCUGAGGGCUUCGGGCAUUUCAGUGCAUCAGGGUCUGAUGUUGGUGGGCCCUCCUGGGUGCGGAAAGACCCACCUUGCUCUCGCCGCCGUGGGGGAGGCGGGCAUCCGCUGUAUUCACGUUAAAGGUCCCGAGCUGCUUGGGAAAUUUAUCGGCGCCAGCGAGGCAUCCGUCAGAGAUGUGUUUCAAAGGGCGCAGGCGGCGAAGCCUUGCGCAAUUCUUUUUGAUGAAAUUGAGGCUUUGGCCACGAGGCGUGGAGGCGACACAACAGGAGUGACUGACAGAGUGGUCAAUCAGCUCUUGUGUUAUUUGGACGGCAUUGAGGCGCGCCAGGAUGUGUUUGUAAUUGCCACAACGUCUCGUCCCGAUCUUGUUGACUCUGCUCUGCUGCGUCCUGGUCGAUUUGAAAAGGUCUGUUUUUGCGGAAUGCCCGUAACGGACAGUGAGAGGAUGGGAGUGCUGGCAGUAGCGCUCAAGUCUCUGAACUGUGAGACUUCGCUCGACAUCAGCGUCGUGGGGUCAAUGCUGCCAUGGGCGUUCAUUCGAGAAGAUUCCAGGGAGCCGAAACGGGCUACAGUCACCACGCAGCACAUUGAAGCCGCCCUGAGAAGCUGCAAGCCUUCCCUAUCCGUGCAGGUGAACUUGUGUGGUGCUAGCAUCGCGCGGCCGUCACAGGAACUUCAACGCUAUCAUCGGUACUGUCUUCCUUAUUUGAACAAGGCCUACCAAGAGCGGGUUCAGGCAAUCGAACGCCUAGUCGUCUCUUCUUCGUCGUCCUCCGCACAGAAAAGCGCAAGCGGUGUCACUGGAUCCGCUCCCAUUUUGAACGACGGCAUAAAUCUGUCGGAACAUCCCGAGGAACGACAGGAAUAUUUGGAAUCACGGGUUCAGAAAAAGAAAGACGAUUUGAAGGACAACGGUAGCCCCAUUCCGCAUUCAGAACAGGAUGCCGUAGGAUUUGGGACGGCUCCAGACUCCGUGUCUCACUCUAGCCUGAGUUCCUUUUCUCUUGAUGCUAACGGGCAUAAACCAUGCACGAGUGACCAGGAGAAUGCAGCGGAGGACAGCUUUCAGUGCAUUAUGCAUGGGCCGGCGCGAGACCAGGAGGCUGUUCCACCAAAAAAGGGACGCCGGCGUGCAAGAUGUCGAGAAAAGCUCACGGGUAGUCGUGUAGCUUUGGCGUGA